AUGACGAAAGGUGUUGAUGUAUUCAGCUGCGACUCUGAUGAUGAUGAUCUGGCAAGUAAACCUAGAGUACCACUUGCAAAGCUAUCUAGGUCAAAAUCAGAUCGAUAUAGAGGACGUGCUGAGAAAGUUUCCCAAAAAGUUAUACCGGAGUCUAAAUCUGGAUCGGAGGAAGAAGUUGGUGACAUCGUUCACUUGGGACACUCCAGUUACUUCAUUAUUGACAUCUUCGAGAAGGAGAUCAUGGAGUUGGGAGACAAAGUGGAUUUAAACUUCAAGAGAUUUAAGAAGUUCGAAGCUCUUGAUGGAGACGCUCCACGAGAUCAUCACUUCUACAACUAUCGUUGCUGUUACUCUUGCUUCUGCCUCUGCGUAAACGGUAAUGUAGAGGGACUGUGGGGGAUUCUAGAGAGAGAGUUAGACUCGAGGGAGAAGAAAGAUGGUUGGAAAGGAAUCAGCUUCUUUGUGAGAACUUAUCGUGAACGAAAAGAGCUGAUGAGAGUUGCUGUAACUGAUCAGAGCCACAGCUUGUUCUUCUUCGACCUUAAGUUCCCUAAUAAUUAUCCAUCUCAAGCACCGGAAUUCUUCUACCAUCCCUAUGGCCUUCCUUUGAGUACCCCUGAAACCCUAAUCCCAUCGGGAUCCAAACAUGGAUACAGCAUAUUAGAUGUGUUUCGUUACAUUGAAGAGAUUGUGAUGAUGAACACCAACAAGUCAUGUCAUCAGAUGCUGGAUAUGCUGAAACGGCCGCUCAUGGGGUUUGAGGAUUUCGUGAAAGGGCAUUUUAGGAAGAAGGGACCUUUGAUUCUGCGGAACAUGAUGGACGAGAUGGACAUGGAAAAGGAGAGGGAUAAAACAAUGUUCUUGAAGACGUAUGUUGCCUUUGAAGACAAUAAAGCGUAUUGUGAGCAUCUUCUCGACAGUGGCCUUAAAGAAGAGCUGAAGAGAUACAAGGAGAAGGAGUGUUCACAAAGCGACUACUACUACUCUUCUUCAUCUCCCUAUUUCCCAACCAUAAUUAGCAGGUUCGAUGAUAUUAAAAAGACAUCCAAAUACCAAAACCUCUUGAGCAAGUUCUCGUUUUUCGAUUAG